UUAAAUGAUCGAAUCUGCUACACGCCAGAUAUUUAUCGAAGCAAGAUGGCGACCUCUGGUAAACAGUAUGGGCUCAUUUUGCCCCGGAAGAGUGCAUCGAAAUCUGCUGUUCUCUCCCGCCCCUCUGUGUUUGGAGAUGAUUCUGAUGAUGAGACCUCAGUUGGGGAGAGCUUGCAGAAGGAGUCAGUCAAAAAGAAGAUGAUGAAGCAGACCCGUCUUGAGAUGCAAAAGGCACUUGAAGAGGACAGCACUGUCUAUGAGUAUGAUAGUGUGUAUGAUGAUAUUCAGAAAGAGAGACUGGAAAGCAAUAAGAAAUUGCUGGGUGGCCCAGACAGAAAGCCCAAGUAUAUUAACCAGCUGCUCCAUGCAGUCGAAGAGAGGAAGAAGGAACAGGAACGUCGUGAUGAGAGAAAGAUCCAGAAAGAAAGAGAAGCAGAGGGCGAAAUGUUUGCUGAUAAAGAGGCCUUUGUCACCACAGCUUAUCGCCAAAAACUUAAAGAAAGACAGGAGGAGUUGGAGAGAGAGAAGAGGGAAGCAGAGUUAGAGGCUGCACUGGAUGUCAAGAAGCAGAAGGAUCUCAGUGGAUUUUAUAGGCAUCUUCUCAACCAGACAGUCGGAGAGGAGGCAGUGCCUGAUCGUAGUGCUCAAAGAGAGGAGAAAGCUACAGGCUCUGCAGCAGCAGAAAGGUCACCGACCCCGGAGCCCACAGUGAAUCGAAGAGAGAGCGAGGCAGAAUCCCACAGCGAUGAGGACCAGAGUGAUAACAAAGCUGCAUUCACUAAGACCACAAACAGCAAUCACGCAAAACGGCACUACAGACAAAAAUCCCCUCUUUCAGAUAGUGACGAUGAGCGAGAGCAUGAGAGGGAAGAGAUUAAAGAAAGGAGUCACAAGGAAAGAGACAGGGACAGAGCAAAGGAUAAAGAUAGAGAGAGGACCAAAGACAGAGAAGAGAAGCACAGUCACAGAAAGGAGAACAGGGACCACAGAAGAGAAAGGGAGCGAGACAGGGACAGAAAAGAAGACAGAGGCCGAGACAGGAGGGACAGAGACAAAGAUGACAGACAUAGUAACAGGGACAGAAGAAACAGCAGCCCAAAAGACAGAGAACGAGACAGGAAAGGUGAGCAAGAUCGAGACAGAAGAGACAACAGUCCAAAAGACAGGGAAAGACACCAUAAAGGAGAACGAGAGAGAGACAGACGAGAUAACAGCCCAAAGGAUAGGGAACGGGACCGUAAAGGAGAGCAAGAUCAGAGAGACCAAGAAAGCGAGAAAAUGGAUAGCAAAAGGAAAAACCAGGAUGAGGAAAAAACGAGCGAGAGACAGACAGACAAUGAUAAAGAAGAAAAAGUUAUGGAAACUGAAGACAAAAGUGAUGCACAACAGAAACCUAGUAAGUUUGCAAAACGCUGCAGUGACCAGACUGUAAAUUCAGCCAGAGAGAGAUAUCUGGCCCGGCAACUUGCUCGUUUUGCUGCAAAGCCCUAUAUUGAAAAAGAUGACGACUAGCAAAUGGAUUGACCAUCUCACUUUUAUGCACACUUCAUUUCAGUCUUUGAAACCGUACAUAUGGGUUUGGUUAAGGCAAAUAAUUUAAAUGCUUUAGUGAACCUAAGUGUUUGUAAAUUUGGGGAUAAUGGAGCUCUUUCUUUUUUUGAAAAUUUCACUUUAUUGUCAACAGUUAAUAAAGAAAAAACAAAAAGCUUUG